AUGCCGACCGCGCCGGUCUCUUGGAUGGCGUCAUCGAACGAGAAAACGAUACGCUUCAGGUGGCUGGCGCCAGUCGACCAGGCCCUCGCGAUCACGGGCUACCGAGUCUACGUGGACAAGGAGCUUGUGUACGACGGAUCACACGACAGCGGCACCCUGGACUACACCCUCAACAACUGCACGAUCGGGCAGGUGUACUGGAUGCAGGUGGCUGCGGUAAAUCUUGGCGGCGAGACCAUUGACCCGCCGAUCGUGAACACAGUCUGUGCUCGGCGGCCUUACAAGCCUGAUCCGCCAGUGAUCCUGUCGGUCAACUGUACGCGCGACCCAGUCCUGCCUGCCAAGAACAACAUCACCAUCGGGUACAAGGAGCCCGAGGACACCGGCGGCCUGCCAUUGUCGGGCUGGCGCGUGCAGCGCGCGGACGGUGACUCGAUGGUCUUCCGCACCAUAGGGCCUUUCAAUCCUUUCGAGGAGGACAUCACCGAGUAUUUGGACGACGACACCAGGGAUGGCUGCGAGCCAGGAAUGGAUCCCCCAGCCUGCGCUGGCCUCACCUUCGGCCAAACGUACAAAUACAGAGUUGUUGCCACCGCUGGUAUUCAGAACUCAUACUUCAAUAUCUACGGCAUCGACGCGUUCAACAGCACGGAUGCAUCGGACUGGACCACAGUGGUGUGCAAGACUCCCACGAUCUUGGCUCCGGAGUGGAUCGUGCGGGACAUUCCGCCAGUGUCGCGGACAGCAAUCACCCUCUCGUGGGAGCAGGUCAACGUAAGCACAGACCUGGACGCGUCAGACGUGAGCGGUUAUAUCCUGUACGGAGGGCGUGAAGACGAUGGUGUGUUCGACCUGAUCUACAACGGCAGCAGCCGGCCGGACGUGUUGUCCUUCACGCACGAGAACCUGGAGCCAGGUGUGCGAUACCAGUACAAGGUGGCCGUGUCCGUCAUACCCACCCUGCAGCGGGCCGAGCAGCCCCGCAGCGACGCCUUCGUCUUCACCGCCGCCCUGGCGGCCGAGCAGCCGCAGGGCCCCGUGCUGCUCGCGGCCGGCCGGUCGUGGCUGCACGUCGGCUGGGCGCCGCCCCGCUCCGACGGCGGCAGCCCCGUGCUCGGGUACGCCGUGCGGUGGAGCGGCGGCGUGGCCAACAGCAGCGAGGACACUUCCGCCGAUCCGCUGCAGCUGGAUUUCGUCCUCAGCGACCUCUCGCCGGACACCGAGAUCUCCGUGCAGGUCCUGGCCAUCACCUCCACGGGCUACGGUGCUCCGACGGAGGUGGCCGUGUUCCGCACGCUGUCGGAGGUGCCCCCGCUGCCGUUCAACCAGUCUGCGUUGGCAGUAUCGGGCGCCAGCGCCCUGGAGCAGGAGGCGGCCAGUGCAGCUCUCGGGCUGGCUUGUGCGGUAGCGCUGGGGCCAGACAGCGGCAUGCUCCACACAGUCCGCGGCAUUGGCCACGACAGCACUUGCGGAAGGGCGACAGAUGAACUUGCCAGUUUGCUCUUCGGCGCGCCUUCAGCUGUGGCGUUCAGUUCGCUGGGGGCCGAGAGUGGGCGCGAGAGCUCGGCGCUGGCGCCUCUCAUCAUAGGCUUAUCGCCGCGGCUUCCUGCGGAUCUCACCGUGGCGACGGACUCCGUGGAGCCGAGCGUGCUGUUGAGCUGGAAAUCUGCGGCUGAGGUCGGCAACAAAGUGCCCACGCGCGCCAUCGUGAUCCAGCGAGAUGUAGCGCUGGGAGGGAAGGCUUGGCAGGUGCUGGCGGCUUUGCCUGCCAGUGCGACGCAGUACAACGACACAAAUGUAAGCGUCGGCGAGACCUACAAGUACCGCCUGCUCGCGGCCAGCGAGGCUGGCGCCAGUCUCUGGAGUAGCGUUGUCCACGUCCCGCACGUUGCCUCGGUCCCUGCGGCCGUCGCGUCCGUUGACAGGUGGGCUUUCGAGGACGGCGAGCUCACGCUUGGCUGGGCAGAAGUAGAGACCAAUGGUGCUCGGGUGUAUCAGUACUCUCUGUUCAUGGCCAGCGUGGAGGGCGGGCCGUUUACGCUGGUCGCCUCCGGGCCAGACAACAACGCCACGAUCGCAGACCUCACGCCCGAGAGGUGGUACUAUUUCUACGCCACGGCCCAGAACUCGGCGGGCUCGAGCCCGCCCUCGCCGGUGGCCGUCAUCGGUACUUUCUCGGAGCCGACGGCGCCAUCGCGGCCCUGGCUGCUGUUCACCUCCUGCGCCGUCGACGGCCGCGGAGACACGGCCACGGCCUGCACGGACUGGGCGAACGCCACAGGCGUGAAGGCUUGCGCCAUGAUCGAGUGGAGGCCGCAGGGUGCCGACAGCGCGAGGUGCCCCGUGCUCGGCUACCGCGUCCUGCGCAACGGCGAGGUCGUGCAGGGACUGCUGCCCGUCGGGACGCACAGCCUCCUGGACGUGUACGGCCAGGACUUCGACUGCUUCAGCAGCGUCAGGGUCAUGGGGAACGACGUUCAAGGGAGGCAGGUGUACACGGUCCAGGCGCUCAACUGCAUCGGCUGGAGCCUGGAAUCUGAGGCGCUGUCGGUUCCUGUCACGGCGCCCCCCGCGAAGGUCUGCGGCGAGUGGAGCAGGGCCGACCCUUCGGGCGACUACGAGUGCACGUCGGCGGGCCUCGCAGCCUCUCCUUUGAACGACACCUCGCUCAAGUUCGAGUGGACUCUGCUGCAGGAUGUCGCGCUCGUCCCGAACGACGACGGCGUGGACUUGGCGGCACAGCUCAUCGGCUCGACCGAUCCCAACACGCUCCUUGGCUACGAGCUGUUCCUGGACGACGGACGCGGCGGCCCCUUCACCCUGGCUUUCAACGGCACGGGCAAGCCGCUCAAGAAUGUCACAGAGGUUCACGACCUGGUCCCGGGCCUCGGCUACCGCGCCUUUGUCCGUGCCGUUGCACGCACCGGCUUCGGUGACGCCAGUGAUACGCUGAAAGCGUGGAUGGUGAUGCCCCCUGCCGCGCCGAUCAACGUGACCAAAGAGUAUUACGGUACGAAGCAGGUGAUAAUUUCCUGGACGCCCGUGGAAAGCGUCUACGACGAGGUCAGGGCCAACGUGCCAGUGCUGGGUUUCGUGCUGGAGCGAGCGAUGGAGCCCGGGUACGACGAGUGGUACGAGAACUCAAACUCCCCAGCGGACAACUUGGACACGAGCCAGGUGUUCACGCUGCUGGAGCCCGACCAGCGCUUCGCGUUCCGUGUGCGCGCCUGGAACGUCAACGGCGAGGGAAACAAUUCGGCGAUCAUCACCAAGUGGGUUGGGAAUCUGCCCGCGGGAUCUCCAGAGAACCUCCGGCGGGUCGAGUCGGCUGAGGGCGUGCUUGCCUUCGGGUGGGACUGGCCCUCCGACGCCGAGCUGCUGGGCAUCUCAAGGGUUCAGAGCUUCGAGGACGAGUGGGGCUACCGGGCCUACCUGUGGGAGAGCGGCCAGGAGGCCGCCACACUGGUCUACGACGGCUACGGCGCGCCCUCAACCUUGGAGUUCAGCGUCGUGAGUGCUACCUGCGGCGGCGUGUACGAGGUGGCCAUGGCGUUCGUCACCCCCAUCGGGGAGGGCCCCCUUUCCGACCGGCUGAGAACGACGCUCGCGAGCUUGCCAGAUGAGAUCCAAUCGUUGGCCGUCACGGGAACCACGGAGUUCUCCGUCUCCCUCAGUUGGGGCUUCCCUGCGUUCACUGGCUGUGUCGAGAUCUACUGCUACAGGGUCUGGCGCUACGACCCGUCCACCAUCUCCUGGGCGGACCUCGGCUACACCCCUGCGGCAGCGAACGCCUCCUCCGCGGUGCGGGAGUUCACGGACAGCGGCCUGUCCGCCGGCACGAAGUACUAUUACAAGGUCCAGGCCUGCGUGGUGGGCACCUACGCCUACCCCGCCGACCUGACCCUGGAGCUCGCGGACCCGCCCGCGCGGCCCCUGGGCUGCGGCGGGCUGUCGGAUCCGGUGGCGGUUUACGCCGCGCAGGCGCCGGGUCCUCCCGAGGACGUCCGCCUGGGCCCCGCGGAGGGCACCGAGCUCGAACUGACCUGGAGUCCGCCAGGUAGCGACGGCAUGGGCGGGAACGCGAAGCUCGAGUACGACGUCGACGUGGACGGGGGCGGCGGCUUCGCCAGGGCCGGCUCCACGGACACGGCGUCCUUUCGCCUGACAGGCCUGCAGUUGGGGAUUCACUACCGGAUCCGCGUCUGGGCCCGGAACGACGCUGGGCACUCGGUGGACGCGCCGCUCGUGGUGUACCAGGCCUCCGAGCUUGCGGAGACGCCCGAGGCUCCCGUCACGCUGAGCCUGACGGAGCCCGUGGGCAACGCCUUCUCCGCGCACCCCGCCCUGGCGUCCACCCCCUCGGCCUCCGAGGUCUCCCUGGCCUUCGCGGCGACCGAGCCCUCGGGCUUCGGCUGGGCCAUCAUCGUCAGGCCCGACGCCGCCGCGGACAUGAACUACUCCCUCGUCAAGCAGGGCUGGGGCGCCGUCGGAGGAGCAGGCUGCAAGAUCAUGGGCGAGGCGAUCGGGAGCGGCAGGACCAGCUGGCAGCUCGGGUCCGAAGGCGACCCGGACAGCCCCGAGGGCUGCCUGCUGGAGUACGAGUCGCUGUACUUCGCCUUUGUCUACGUCGAGGGCCCCUCGGGCGACCUCGCGGGCACGCUGUCGGGCGGGGUGCCGGUGCUCACGCCCAUCGGCAGGUCGAACACGUUCUCCGCCGUGCCCUACCUGUCAUGCCC